AUGCCUCCUCUUACCGAUGAUCAGGUGCAAGUGGAGAUGAGGAAGAUGGUUGAAUUUAUCCGUCAAGAGGCUUAUGAAAAAUACAGGGAAAUCCAAGUCAAGGCGGAUGAGGACUUUUUUAUUGAAAAGGCCAAAGCGGUAAAGGCGGAGGCUACCAAUAUCGAAAAGACCACUGAAAAGCGCUUGGCACACUCCCAAGUUCAGUUCAAGGUCGGCGAAGCAAUGCAUAAAAACAAGGCCAGAUUGAAGGUUCUUCAAGAGCGUGACAACCAAUUAAAUCUUGUUAUUGAAGCGACAAAGGAGAAGCUUCCGAAAAUCAUUUCCUCGCCCUCCUAUCGCACGCUGCUACAAAAACUGAUACUUCAAGUUCUUUUUACGCUGUGUGAUGGGAAUAUCACAGUUUACUGUUGUGAAAGGGAUAAGCCCCUUGUGGAUGCGAUAUCUUCUGCCGCCAUCGUCGAGUUCAAAGAAAAAACAUCUACCGAGUGCAAAUUGACAAUCCAAGUUGGCGCUGUGUCUCAGUUCCCGGCACUCGCUUCUGGAGGAAUCAUAGCGACAUGUAAAGGGGGCCGUGUUAUGAUCAAUAACACUCUUCAAAAGCGCCUCGAACUUCUUGCCGAACAGAGCCUGCCUGCUCUCAAGGAGGCCUUCAUUGGACCAUGUCCUUCCCGCAGGUUUUUCGACUAA